CUACUUGCUCUUUCCGUCUUAAAUCUGCACACUGCUUUAGAAGCUCUUUCAUUGUUUAUGCAAAGCAACGAGAGUGAUUUAGGUCUCAACAGUAUUACAUGUGUGUUCAUGCGUGUUUAAGGAAGAGGAUUGUCCAGCGUAAUAAUUGAUCGAUUUGCCAUUGUCCGACGAAGGUAAAAAAGGAGCAUUAUGCAUAAAAAUGGACCACCGCCGCCUUAUGAGCCGCCUCCAUACGCACCGCCUGCUUAUUCUCAGAAUGUAGGAGGUGUUCCUCCUGCCAGUCCAUUUACACCAGCACAAGCUUAUGCAAAUGGACCUACUAUAGUCACAACCAUAGUUCCACUUGGGCCACAGUCUACCCAUACAAUUUGUCCACAUUGCCAUGCUGAAAUUGAUACAUCAACAAAAACAGAACCUGGCAUGAUUGCUUAUAUCUCAGGAGUCAUCAUAGCGUUGUUGGGGUGUUGGUUGGGUUGCUGCUUGAUUCCUUGUUGCAUUGACGAAUGCAUGGACGUUCACCACACUUGUCCAAACUGUAAAGCUUAUCUGGGACGUCAUAGAAGAUAAGCAGGUGUAUCAGCAUCCAUGAGAGUUGCAUUUGAAUAUUGAAGUAUCUUUUUACAACACUACCAAUAGAAUUCCAAGGGGUAUAUUAAGCUUUACUUUGAAUUUGUACAGUUUGAGGACAGUUCUCUGUAAGAGAGAAUACCAUGCAAGAUGCAGCUCUAUAUUUAACAAGAUCAUCCUAAUAGUACAUGGUAUUUACGCAGCUAUUCUAUACAAUUGUUUAACAUCUUACCAGGUAAUCUUAUCGCACUCUUUGAUAUAUUCUCUUGCACGUUUUUUGUAAAAAUAUUUAUUAUGCUUUUGCAUAAAAUUGAUUAAAUCAAUAUGUGCAAGACAUUUAUGACAACGAGAAACAUGUCUGCUUUUAAGCACUUAUGUGUAACUUUACACGUCUCAAAUGAAAGACAUGUGUCAAUUUGUGCUUCCAUAUUAAUGAAAGAACUAUAUCUUUAAUUUAUUUGCGUUAAAGUGUGUACUAUAUAGAUUAUUUGCAUCAUUAAUUUUUAAAGAUUAAUUUUUAUUGAUCGUAAUUGUUACUCUUAAACAAAAACAUUGUUUAUAUUUAAAGCAUAAUGUUAAGAUCAAAAGAUUGUGCACACACAAACAUGAGUGUCUAUCUACUCGUUGAGCCGUCCAACUUUAUAAAAUAAUUAAUGAUAUCCGCACUAAGUGAUUUUAACAUUUAUUGUUUGUAUAUAAAUAAUACUCAAAAUCUGGAUAUCUUCAAUACAAUUAAAUAUUAUAUUAUUGUGUAUUGAUAUUGUGGUCAACAUUUUCGAAACUUCUUUAUACUUUAAAAUAUAAAGCACAAUAAAGUUUUGCUAUAUGUUUUAAUACAAAAUGAGUAAUUAUAAAGUUAAGUAAAUUUUUGUAAAUUUAAAAUUGUUAUAUAUAUAUCGAUAUUAUUUUAUAAAAUUUUUGAGAACAUUUUACAUGAAACUGUUGAUUUACACACAAAGAUUAAUGAUGCAAAUUAUAUUUUCAUAUUGUUGAUGGAAAUAAUUUUUCUCCAACUUCUGUUGCAAAUCGCAUUAUAUAUAAUGAAAUGUCUGCCUUUUCUAAAAGUAACUCCUUUGUCGUUAAUUCUUCUUUCUGAUCAUCCUCUUCUGUCUAUACAAAGCAAUUUAAAUCGUAUUCUGUGAAAGUGAAAUUAAUCAGUAUCUUAAAAUUGCGUAAGAAGAUUGAGGAUGAAUGUCAUGAAGGAUUAAGAAAUAUUUUGGCCAGUUUGUUGGCUGUGUCGAUCAAACUUUAGCACACAAUAUGAUUUGCAAAGCAGAAACUCCAUUGCCUUGUAGAUUUCAAAGAUUCAACAAUGGGAAUAUUUUCCUCUGUUGAUAGUACGUGUUUAGAUUGCUCUGCAUUGGAUACUGAAUUAGUAUUUGAUGUAUAUUUAGAAAGCUUGGAAGUUUGGAGAAAACUUAUUGCUUAGCUUAUUGCUUAUUGCGUAAGAAAGAAGAUAAAAUAUAUAAUGUAAUGUUAUGAAAAUUUAUUGGAAGCAUUAAUACGACCAAAUAUUUUAGUAACA